UUUCUCGCUCGCUCGCGAUUAGUGAGGUUAUGAAAAAUUGUUUGUCAUUCAACAUGUCCGGAGCUACGAAUUAUUUAUCUGAGCAAAAAAAGACCACAAAUAAGGAGCUAGCGUCGGAAUGGACGGAAAUUGAGGAGCUCUACAAUGAAAAACUCUGGAAUGAGUUGACAAUAAAAUUGGGGACGUUUGUGAAGCACCCGGCGCUGCAGAAUGAGGAAGCCCUCGUCCAGCUGUACCAGAACUUCCUCUCCACCUUUGAAACAAAAAUAAACCCGUACGGAUUGGUGGAGAUUCUCGCUGUUGUUGUGGGGCACAUUUCGGACAAGCACGAGGCGAAUAAUUUCCUGGAGAAGCUCAAGGAGAAAGUGAAGAUCUGCGAUGAAGCUGUGUGGCUGUGCAAAGUGAUGCAGGGUCAAAUUCAGCUGGAGCAUUUGAAUGAUCUCGAGGCCACGAAGAAAAUUAUUGAGGAUCUUAAAGAGAUACUGGAGGAAGCUGGGAAUGUUACUCCAGUCCAUGGGAAGUACUACAUGCUGGCCAGUCAGUACUAUCGCCUCGUGGGGCAGCACAGUGACUACUACCGUGCAGGAUUGCAAUUCCUGGGAUGCUCAAUUGAUGACUUCCCGCUGGAUGAUUGGCCCCAGCAGGCUUUCUUCCUUGGUCUGGCUGCUCUUCUCGGGGAGGGAAUCUACAAUAUUGGUGAACUUCUUGCGCAUCCCAUUCUCCAGUCACUUACACACACCGAGAAUGACUGGCUCAUUGAUCUGCUGAAGGCAUUCAAUUCCGGGGAUAUCAACAAAUUCGAAAGUAUGAAGCCCAAAUGGUCUAAGAUUGCCGAUCUAGCUGCUCAGGAAGUGAAGCUGCGCCAGAAGAUUUCCCUCCUGUGUCUCAUGGAGAUGACAUUCAAGCGUCCAGCUAACCAGCGAACCAUCUCCUUCGGGGAGAUUGCUGCCGAAACAAAGCUGCCACUGAAUGAGGUGGAGAUUCUGGUGAUGAAGGCUCUAGCACAGGGUCUCGUACGUGGACACAUCGAUCAGGUGGCUGGAGUGGUCAACAUGACGUGGGUACAGCCACGAGUGUUGGACAGGACACAAGUAGCUAGUAUGGCCAGCACACUGGACACCUGGAUGCUCUCAAUCACGGAGAUGGAGAAGCUCAUUGAGAGCCGCGCUAAUGAAAUUCUCACCAACUGAAGCUGCACUCUUUUUUUUUUUCUGUAUGGCAGUCGCAAUUACAUUAAUUUUCUGGAUAAAAA